UAACAUGUGUUUUGUGUGGACACAAUCAGUGGGAUUAUUUUAGUUUCUAACAACACGUGUGUCUUUUGCUAAUAAAGAUCUGUAAAAGAGAACGAAAAAACUCCACAUUCAUGACGUCAUCGCGCAGAGAUACGCUAAUGCGGAAGUAGGCGUGGCUAAACCUCAAGAGAAAAAAACGAGUUAACAGGAUUAGCUCUUUUUAACCCGAGCUAAAGCAGGCUAAAGGGGGCUAGAGGGGGCUAGAGGGGGCUAGAUGACCGGGAAGCCUUGGAGCUGUGAAGGAUGCUCCAGGGGCCGAACAGCAGCCUUGACCGGGACCGGCCCCUGAUCCGGAUCCCCUUCACCAGCUUCGCCGUGCUGACAGUGCUGCUGCCGCUGACCGGCCUCAUCGCCUGCCUCUGCACCUCCAUCCUCUACCACUACCAGGACGCCACCUACACCCACUGUAAGGUUUGGAACUACCUGCCCUCCAUCAGCUCGGCCAUCAGCCGGGUCCCAGAGCGUUACAUCUGGCGCUGCUGCAUCGGCCUGCACUCGGCUCCUCGCUUCCUGGUGUCCGCUGCUUACUUCAGCUUCUACCGGGGGCGCUUCUCCUCCCGCCCCCCUGAGCUGCUGCUCAGCGGCCUGAACCUGCUCUGCAGCCUGGCGGAGAACACGGGGCUGCUACUGCUCACAUACGUGUCCUCCACCGAGACAUACAAUGUUCAUAAGUACGGCUUCGCUGUGUUCAUGGGAAGCUCUAUGCUGCACAUGCUGAUCACCUGUAGACUGUGGACGGUCAUCAGCAGACACUACAUCCACCCAGAGGAGAAGACGUCGUGUGUGUGGAAGCUGCGUCUCUUCCUGUCGAACGUCGGCUGCUUCCUGGCCGCUGCGUACUUCUUCAGACGCCACAACCAGUACUGCGAGGCCGGAGUGUACACCCUGUUCGCCCUCUUCGAGUACCUGGUGGUGUUCUCCAACAUGGCCUUUCACAUGACGGCUUUCUGGGACUUCGGGAGCAAGGAGGUAAUCGUAGCCACGCCCCCCGAGGACAAGAGGUUCUGAGUCACCUGAGGGGGAGGAGACUCAUCUGAAUGGGGAGGAGACUCACCUGAGAGGGGGACACUCACCUGUGGACUCUGUUGGACGUGAUCACAAACAGGACGUAACCUUCUCAUCAUUCCCAGAAUCCUCUCUGGCUGCUGUGUAAACAAGUUGUUGUUAUUGUUGUGACCAAAGAGAAGGCCUUUAUUUACAGGAUAUAUAAAUAUAUAAUCAAUCAUUAAUAUUUAAUGAUUGAUUUCGGUUGAAGCUCCUUUCAUUACGACGGCUUUCAAACUUCAGAAAAACAUUUCUGUCUCAGAUCUGAUCGUUUCCUGAUUCCAACAUGUUUUUAUUUUCUGCUUCAGUCUCUUUUCUUUAAUUAAUAUUACAGAAAUAGAUUGCAUGCUGGUUUUAUAGAAUGGAACGCCUGCUGCUUUUAUGUGUUUAGGUUCAUGAAAUAAAAGAUUUAUAUGAUUCAGGAAAGUUGAUUUAAUACAAAAUACUUAUUUAAUCUAAUCUGAUUUCAAAAGUGCAGACUACUCCAUCUCUCUAUCAGGUCUCCUCGACCCCUCAGAGCUUCACACACUCACACCUGAUAUCACAUGUGAGAUAUCACAGGGAAAAAUGGGGUCACUGCGGAUGUAUUUAAUGUCAUAGAACAAAACGUGAUCCGUCUCUUAAAGUCAACCACAGACCUUAUUUCCAGCUGCUUUCCAAAAUCCUACGGAGAAAUCCCACUGACUCUGAGACGAGGGAACCGGGAGUGUUAAACUGCUAACUCACUUCCGGGUUUCAGGACUCAUUCCUGCACCACUAUGUACUACUUUAAAUAACAAUAGCAGCAAUACUACCUUAAAUAAUAAUCAGAUACGUUCCACCUUAAAUAGAUGGUUAGCCCUGAGAAUGUUUCCUCAUAAAGUUUCAUCUGGAAUAAUAAAUUAAAGAUAUCUUACUUAUAAUAUUUAGUUUUAAUCUAAUCUUCGAAAGUUGUUAAAGCUGGCUGAGAGGGGGUGUGGUCGUCUCUGAACCAGUAGGUUACUGGUUGGAUCCCAGUCCCUGCAGUCAACAUAUGAAUGUGUCCUUGGGCAAGAUACUGAACCCUGAGGUGUGUGUGUGUGCUGCUCUGCAUGAUGGAGUCCAGAGCUCUGAUGAAGAGCUGUUUGAGUACAGAACAUAUUUACCUUUAUAGUAACCGUAGCUGCAGUUUGUUUAUGAUUUGAAUAUUUGAUCACCGACAGCAGAAGUCUGUCCUGGUUUAUGGAAGUCCGCAGAUUGAACUUCCUCCUGCCGCUCCACCCUGUUUAUUUUAACCCUAAUGUAGAAUGAUAUAUUGUUUAUUUACAAAAUCCUAAGUGUAAUUAUUUUCUGAAUAAUAGACGUUCAUUUUGCAGUGUGUGAUUGAUUAAGCCCCAAAAAACUAAAUGCAUCCAUUUUCAGAAUUUCAACCCUUGAAUUAUUUCCCCAUUGUUUUUAAUGGGGAAAUAAUUACAAUAUUUUAAUUAUUUGGAUAGCAUUUUAAUUGACUUUUUUAAGCAACAUCAGUGCUGAUCAAAGCCGCUCAAUAUUAAGUGAAGUUUGAUUGUUUUGAGCUUAGUUUGCUGGCUAUCCGCUGAAGAUCAGUUUGAAGACGCGACCCUCCACAGAACACAGACGGUAUUUGUAACCUAAAGAGCGCUCACUGAUCUGCUCUAUAUUUAACUUCCUGUUUACACCCCGAGUCCUGUGAGCUUCCUGUCCUCACACUCAUUCUGCAGCUCAAAACACAUGUGAUAGGCUGAGGGGCGGGACAUCUGUAAGCUGGUUGACCAAUCACAACAGAGCCAGCUAACCAGUGAGGGCAGACUGGGCUCUUGAGGAACUUUUUAUUUCAUACUUUUUUUGUUCAUUAAUUAGUGACUUUUUUGCUCGUUUUCUUGCUGAUAACAAAAUGAACCACUUUUUCCAGAGAACCUUUAUUUUAUUUUCAUGAAAAUCCAAUUUCAAUUUAUUAAAUUCUGAGGAUUUGUUGUUGUUGAGAAUAUUA